UUCAGUUGCCUUUUUAACUCCGCCGCGCGCGGAAACUUUUUCAGUCCGCUUAAAAAAAAAAGAAUACUGCAGCACACUGCAGUUUCGUGUCUUUGGCGCCAAUUUCAAAACGAAAUCCGCUGGCGGAUUCAAUUCAACUUUGAAGUUUUCCUUCUUAUUUCUUGCCCGCCCCGCUCCCCGGUAUUACCCACGCCCCCCGCGCUGUGACUCCCAUGGCAGCUAGCAAACUUAAUUGCGGCAAGCUAUCGACAGCCUCACAUUUCGAUGCGACAUGUGCGAAAAUCAGCGCCUUUUACUUUGACCUGGACAACACGUUAAUUCCGACACGGGCCGGCGAUUUGAAGGCUAUCAGAAAGCUCGCGGACGUUUUGGAGAGUCAGUACCAGUUCAGCAAAGAUGACGCCGCUCAGUCCACCCAGAAUUUCCUAAAGGCCUUCCGCCGUUGUCCGGACAACUCGCAAACAUCGCUGGAUACGUGGCGCACUCACCUGUGGCGUGAAUCCCUGCCAUCGCGCCACAAGCACCUGGCGGAGCAGAUCUAUCCGCAGUGGUUGAAGUUGCGGUAUCGCUAUCUGGCCGUGCCGGCGGACUAUGUGCAGCUGCUGCUGCGGAUGCGCCAGGCGGGCUAUGCCCUGGCCCUCAUCACGAACGGACCAUCGAAUGCCCAGUGGGAGAAGGUGUCCAAGCUGCAUGUGUGCGGCUACUUCGACUUGGUCCUGGUCUCAUCGGAUCUGCCGUGGGAGAAGCCGCAUCCGGAGAUAUUCUAUGCCGCCUGCAACUUCCUUAAAGUUAAACCGCAGCAGUGCGCCAUGAUCGGCGACAAACUGGAGACCGACAUCAAGGGUGGCCACUUGGCCCAACUGGGUCUCACCUUCUGGACGCCACUGAGCAACAGCAGCUCGGCAGCUCAGUCGCUGGAGGAUGUGGAGUACAAGCCGCACGUUAAACUGGGCAAUCUGCUGGAGAUGUACAAGUACUUCCCGCGCCUGAAUGCCGUCGCUCCGCCGGACACGACGUCGUCCGCCAGACGACGUGGCAGCCACAUGAGUCCCAGUGGCCAGAGCACUUCCAGCAGUGGGAGCAGCUCGAGUUCCAGCUGCGAGCCGGGAGCUGGCCAUGGGUACAAUCAUCACCACCAUCACCAGCAACAUCAGCAGAGGCAGUGGCUCUAUCGACGCGGCGUUUCCCUGCCCGCCAUGGACUGCUCCAAUAGCGAGGCGGAGAACAGCUGCGACAGCUUCCUCUAGACAGAGAAAUCGGGAUCUAAGGGAUCGAGAGGAUCAAACAAGGAUCGGGAGAUUGUUGAAAAAUGUACCUUCAGUUUACAAAACUAUAGCUAAAGUGGAAAGAUCGUUGAAAUGGAUGUAGUAAUCACAGAUGGACGAAGGACAGCCAGGAGGAUUGGAAACAAAUGCAGGAAUUUAAAGUUCAACUAUUAGCGGGGGGAGCCCGGAACCACGGUGAAUCUCGAUAUCUGCCAUUAGACUAAAAUUAAGGCUAGCAAAACAGCAUCGGAGCACACACAAACUACAGCAAACUACAAAUACAAACACUACAAGCGAAAUAACUAAGGAAAUCGAGGACAGGAAGCAAAGCAAACCAAAUGUAUUUUUCUAAGCGAAUUUUCUGUCACAUAUUUUGUAAAUUGAUAUAACACGCAGUUGAAAGUACGUCAAGGUAACGUGAAAAACACAAAAAAAAAAAGAGAAAACGACGGAGUAAACCACACAAGAACCACAAUACGAACCUUAUGAGACACUAACGAACAAAAAAAAAAAGGAAAAGCCGAAGCACUAACAAAUCUGUAGUUAUAGCAUGACGAUGGAUGAGCGUGAAUGUUAACUAUUGUCUUAGUCGUAGCCUUUAGCCGGGUUCGGAAAGCGGGGUCUCGAAAUUGUGUGAGCCCCACUCUGUUGGCAAAUUGUUAUUUGCAACCACCUCCUCCCCAUUUACCCACGCCCCGCCCCCAAAACCCCUGGUUAUUCCGCACCCACACGAAAAGUUGAUGAUAUAUAUGGUACAUAUGCCAGCAUGCGUAUGUCGAAGCACUGUUGAUCAUGGAUAUGGAAAAUAAAUGACACUGCAAAAGUUGAAA